AUGCACAUUCAGAACUGCAGGUCCAGCCUUCAGGCUCCUCAAGCAUUGCGUCCCUAUUCAGCACAGAAGCUCAAGUCGAAGCAGCUGUCAAUCCUUCAUCAAGUUUGUUGGAAAGGCUGCGGCGACGCAGGCGCCAGGCCAGGAUUCACAGCUACCACACGGACUUGGAUGACGAGGCAAAUGGCCACGGCUGCAGCCCAACAAGGCGCACGUGCAGCAGCGGACCGAGCACGGACAGGAUUCUUCGAAGUCCAGGCCUAUAUCUCGGAAAACCCGACCAGCCUGAAGAUCCUCUGCUUCUGCUCGGGCUUGGCGCUGAUCGCUUUCAGCCUCCUGGGUCUUUUCAAUCCCUUUGACAUCAACAUCAUCCCAAAGGACCAGUUGUGCAAUCUGUACAAUGUCUUCUUCGGGGUGAUUAUCUGUGUCUGCGACGGAGUCCUGGCUGAGAGCUUGUGGCGAUCUACAAGGCGCCCUCUUCCGCAAGGCUUACUUCUUGGCCAGCCAGACUGGGCGGUCCUUCUUCUACUUGUACGUGGGCACCAUGACGCUCCUGUUACUUCCGGGCGGCAUCCUGGACUUCUUCAACCGGAUCAUCGGGAUCGCCCUCUGCGUCCUGGCCAUGUUGAUGCUGGCCAGGGACUGGUGCGCCCCUCUCUGUUGCAAGGACAGCUACAACCAGAUGGGCUCGGGCUCCGGCUCCCAAGUGUAAACCGGUGCAGCUCCGAACAGAGCCUGGCAGAAGACAGGGGGACGAUGCACAAAGCGGCACAACCCGGAUGCCAGCAAAAUGUGAGCAUGUCUUUGCACGUCGAAGAAGCUGCCAGCCCCUGUGAAGCUUUUCUUUUUCGUGGAUUGCCGAGCCUUGUGCAUGGCCUGCAAUGGUCUUGCCGGGUCGCUGUUCAUGCCGCAUCUUCAGACAUCUCCAACAUUCAGAUUCAUUUAAGUUGCUCUGCUCGUUGUCCGCUUCUUGCUGCAGGAGGUUUAUGUCGCUGUUACAUCAACAGCGUCCCAAGGCAGAGGUUGUGA